AAGUAGACUUUCAGUUAGUUUUUUAAUUGACUUUUAGUUAGUUUUUAAUUGACUUUUAGUUAUGUUUUGCGCCUUUAGUUAUACCCUAUACGAGUGAUUCCCUCUUUAAUGGCUUUAAUGUUAACCAAUUGAAGCACUGAUUUGUCAGUCAAAUGAGUGUUCCAUUGGUUAACACAAAGCGUGUGAUAAAUGCAUUGAAAGUGUUGUUAUUCAUUGAAUGCAUUGUUUGUUUUGAUUUGAAUUAACCAUAAUUUGUGUCAUAUAUUAAUCAUUUAAUUAUAAUCAAAAAGAUGGCAAAUAUUGACACUAAAGAUGUGACCAAAACAGACAAGACUGACAAAUGUCCGAAAGACGAAGACAUAGAUCUGGCGGUCGAGGGAUUGAAACACUUAAAUCUCGGUAAACGACAUCUACUCGUUGAAGAUUAUUCAUCGGCAGUACAAGAUUUACAAGAAGCCUGUCAACUAUUGGACCAACGAUAUGGUAUCGGAGCCGAAGAGUGCGGCGAAGCUUAUCUUUAUUAUGGAUCAGCUUUGUUAGAGUUGGCCAGACGUGAAGACGGACUUUUCGACGGAACCGUUCAAACUAAAUUGGAAGAGAUGUCUCCGUCAGAAGAUGAACAAGAAUCUGAUGAUGAAGAAGAAAAUGAAGGACCAGAUGAACCGGCAAAAGAUGAGAAUCAACAAAAUGAUAAGAAAACGGAUACUGAAGAAGAUAUUGAAAAUUCAGACGAAGAGAAGAGAAAGAAAUUAAAUGAAAAGCAAAAUGACGUCUCAGUUGUAAUGCAGUCGAGUGCCAGUGCGGACAUGAGUGCAGAUAUUAGUGAUAUGUGUGUCGCCUCCACUUCUAAAGGUAUUACCAGUGAUGACAAUGAAUUAAAUACAAAGAACGGCGAUGAAACAGAAGACGAAGCGUCUAAUAUAGAGGUGGCGUUUGAAGUGUUGACUUUGGCUAAACAUGUGUUCACCAGAUUUAUAGAUAAAAAUGAUAAUAAAAUUAAAUUAACAGAAGCUUUACAAGCGUUGGGAGAAAUCAGUAUUGAAUGGGAAAAUAAUAGCAAUGCUAUUGAAAUACUUAAUGAAUGUUUAACAUUACGUAAGGAAGUCCUUUCAGAAGACGACAGAAUGAUAGCAGAAACUUAUUAUCAAUUGGGAAUCGCUAACUCUUUUAAUAAUGAUAUUCAAAAUGCCAACAAUUGCUUCCAAAACGCUAUUCAAGUCAUUGAAUCGCGUAUUGAAAACCAAAAGAAGAUAUUAUCUACGCUUAAGGAAGAAGACAUCGAUUCCGUCGAAAAGAUUAAAAGGGAAUUAAAACAAUUGGAAAGUCUUUUGCCAGAAAUGAAAGUGAAAAUUGAAGAUUCAAACGACCAAAUGGUUACAGCAAAACAAGGACUUGAAUUAGAAGAAAACGAACGCAAAGAAGAAGAAGCAAUUGCUUUGAAAAAUAAAGAGAUUAAGGAAAAGCCAAUCAAUAAUAUCAGUCAUCUCAUUAAACGCAAGCGCCAAAAUUCUGGAUCAGACUCGACAUCUAAAAAGAUGUGUUCAAAUGGUCAUAACCGUGAAAAUGAACAGACAUCAGAUGCAAAUGGAACUGAAGGACCAAUUAAUUGAAGACUCAAUUUGUUUAUCAAAUAAAAAUUAAUCA